UGAGCAAUGCAGCACCAGGACACAGUAACUCAAGUAUGGCCUAGCUUGUCUAGGUGUGAGCAGCCAACUUCAAUGAUAGUCACCUAUGUUAACUCGGCAGGGAAGCCAUACCCUGAGAAGUCCAUCACUUUACUCAGCAAGAAAGAAUGUUUUCAUUAUGUCAACCAGUUACGCAUGAACAAAACCAGUGCCCUGUCCCAGGGCUUUGAUCGAUUCUUCGAAAAUGCCUACUGCGGGACAGAGAACCCACCUGAGAACUGUCUGCAGAAAAGCAAACUGGAAUCCGACUCCCAGCCCAGUGCACUAUCUUCCUGUGGCGAGCAAGGCAUAGACCCGGAAGACAAAGAGGAAAAGACAAAUCCAGGGUCUUCAGCCUCAUCGUCUUCUGUCAACAAGGAAGGAAGCAAAAACAGCAGCUCGAGUAGGUAG